AGCCCAGAGUCAACACUUCACUUCAAAGCUUCACCUCAGAGCUUCACCUCAGAGCUUCAGCUGCAGACAUGGCGCAGCUGUACUGUUGGGGGGACAGCUCCAGUGGACAGUACGAGCCACAGACGGCCCUCAGCCCGGUGUCCUGGACCUUCCCCCGGGACAUUAGCUCCAUCUGCUGUGGGGACCAGUUCACUUUAUUCCUCUCAGGGGAUGGAGGCGUUUUCUCAUGUGGACACAACUCAAGGGGACAACUGGGACGAAAGACACCCGAAGAUGGAAGGAAACCAGGUCGUGUGGAGGGGCUUGGCGACGUGGUGACGAUGGCAUGCGGUCAGGACCACUGUCUGGCUGUGUGUGCGUCUGGAGACGUGUUCUCCUGGGGGGCUGCAGAGAAUGCAAAGCUGGGGAUGUUGUUGGAUCCAAAGCAAACCCACAUCAGACCAAGUCGGGUGCCCAUACCACUGCGGGUACCAGUGAUUCAUGUUGCCUGUGGAAACGUCCACUCGCUGGCGUUGACUAAAGGAGGAGACGUCUUCUCCUGGGGUUCGAACAGUCACGGUCAGCUGGGUCUGGGGAAGGAGGUGGCCCUGCAGCACACGCCCGUCCUUGUGGUCGCUCUGUCCGGUGUACCUGUGACCCAGAUAGCAGCCGGAGCAAGCCACACUCUGUUCCUCACACUCGCAGACCUGGUGUACUGCUGUGGAGCCAACAAAUCUGGCCAGCUGGGGCUCAACAGGGUGGAUGAGAAGGGCAGGUUUAACAUCUGUAUGGUACCAGCGCUCAGACCUCUGGGUGUCUCCUUCGUGAGCUGUGGAGAUGCUCACUCCGCUGUGUUAACAAAGGAUGGUAAAGUUUACACUUUUGGAGAGGGAACCCACGGUCAGCUGGGUCACAGCUCCUCCGCCAAUGAAGUGAGACCCAGACUGGUCGAUGGUUUGGACGGCCCGGCCUCACAGAUCGAAUGUGGACGGAGACACACUCUGGUGUUGGGCGAGUCUGGUCAGCUCUGGGCUUUUGGUAAUGGGGUCAAAGGUCAAAUUGGGACUGGACGAGCAGAGAACAAUCUGAGUCCCACUCUAGUUCAACUUCCAUGGACCACUGACAGUGCAGCAACCAUACCCACUGAGUUGAAAAUAUCAGCCGGGUGGAACACAAACUUUACUUACUCUUCACAUGCGCAGAGUCAUGGGCAGAUAACUGGACGUCUCGAUAAGAGGAAGCUGCAAACAUGGCUGUCAAUGACGCUCGGCAAUGCAGAGGCAAAGAGAGAAAUAUCGUCAAUAUUUUUGACAAGUUCAAGUCUUGUUGCAAGUUUCACAAAAGACAAUGGGUCUUCAUUAGAAGCUGGUGCUUUAACUGUCGACCUGGAAGCUGCGAGCCGAGCUUUUGACCAGCUGUUGGAAAUACCAUGGAUCAAACAAGCAAUGAACCUUGAGCUCCUUGUGACAUUGCUUUGUGAAUCAAUGAAGACCCUAAAAUCUCCAGAGAUCCUGCUGAUUCUGCUGACGUGCCCUCUUUUCCAAGAGGACUCCAGCGUCAUGGCGGGGUCGCUCCUUCUGGCCGUCAUCAUUGAGAAUCUGAAAGAGAAGCCUCUGGCAGCGCUAAGAGGCUGGUGGUCUUCGGUGUCAGCCUCCAUCCUGAUGAAGCACAUCAUGGUCUUCAAAAACGCCCUCGCCUUCAUGCUGAAAAACCACCUCUUGACAACUCACAACCCGGGAAUCAGAUACCUGAUGAAAGCUCUGAAACUACUUUACAAGGCCAACAGAGCUGGAAACUCCUAUAAAGUCCCACUGAGCAAGUUUUACGUGGAAGAAAUCAGGGACAGUGUGCAGCCGGAGGGAGACAUUUGUCUGUGGUUAACAUAUUCUAAAGUGGAGGAUGAUGAAAACACACCUGCCAUUUUCUGCCGCUUUCCGUUCUUGUUGCCUCUGGAUUGCAAGGCAAGGGUCUUCGUCAUCCAUUCGAUUGCAAUGAAGAGAGCGGGCCAUUUAAUUGACGGCGGGGAUGAAGACGCUUUGAGAAAUCCCCAAAACAUUGCCCCGCCCACACCCUUCCAGCUGACCCUGAGACGAACUCACCUCGUCGAAGACACCUUCAGACAUCUGGCUGCGGCCGACCACUGCGCCUUCAAAAGAGAGCUUCUGGUGCAGUUUGUGGAUGAGAGAAAGGUGAUGAAUGUCAACAAGAGGGACCUCUUCCUCCACCUGUUCGAUGAGCUCAUCGCUCAUGAGUCUGAGAUGUUCAUGUACAACGAGAGCAAGACUCUGAUGUGGUUCCCUCCCAGACCCAAAGUGGAGGCAAAGCGUUACUUCCUAUUCGGAGUUCUGUGUGGCAUGGCUCUUUACAACUACAACAUUGUCCACCUGCCCUUCCCACUGGUUCUCUUCAAGAAGCUGGUCGGGGUCAAACCCUCAAUGGAUGACAUGAAGGAGUUCGACCCUGUCAUGGCAGAGUCUUGGCGUUGCCUGAUGGACUACACUCCAGCUGAAGUCGAAGAUACAGACAUAACCUUUAAAGUGACCUGGGGUGGGGAGCAAGUUGAGCUUGAUCCAAAAGAAGCUGGAAAACCUGUCACAGGCUCAAACAAGAAAGAGUUCGUUGAUGCCUUUUUCAACUACGCCUUUACCAAGUCGGUGCAGGGCGUGUUUGGAGAGUUCAAGAGAGGGUUUUUCAAAGUGUGUGACAUGGAUGUGGUGGACUUCUUCCAGCCGGAGGAGCUACAGGCAGUGAUGGUGGGCCAAGAAAACUAUGACUGGCAGGUGUUCAAGCAGAACACAGUUUAUGAAGGAGAGUAUCAUGAAGAACAUCCAACCAUCAUCACCUUCUGGGAGGUGUUUGAGAAACUGCCUGCGGAGGACAAGAACAAAUUCCUUUUGUUCCUCACAGGCUGUGACCGCGUACCCUUCCAGGGGAUGAAAAGCAUCACGAUGACAGUCACCGUCUUACCCAACAGCAGCGAACUCCAUCUGCCAGAAUCCCUCACCUGUCACCAUCUGUUGUCACUGCCCAACUACCAGAGGUACCCGGUGGAGAGGACCAUGCAGACCAGGCUUCUUGAGGCCAUUCGUUACAAAGGAGGCUUCUAUAAGAAGGAAGAAACCAGAGCCUGAGGAAACUAUGGUGUCUUACUUUCCGUUAGUGACUGCACAUUGUUAUUAUUAUAUAUUAAUAGUAACAUCAUUAGGAAGGGCGUUAAUGUGGAUUCAUUUAGAAGCAUCAUUAUUAUCACUUAUCAUUAAAACCCUAUCUGCAUUAUUUUCUUUUUCCUAGUUCUCUUGGUGAUGGUUGAUGGCACUUUCACAUGUUAACUAUAUUAUAGAGCUUACAAAUGUAUAUAUAUAUAUAUUUAUAUACGAAUAUAAAUAUAUAAAUGUCGGGAGGGAAACAAAAAGAGAGAGAGAGAGAAAGAAAUAGGCAGCACAAUAGAGAGACAGAAAGAGGGGGAAAGAAAUAGAGAAAGAAAUGGUAAAAAGAAGAGAAAGAUAAAUAAAACUGAGCGAGAAACACAGAAACAAGAAUGAAAGUGCAGUAAUGACAUGUAUAUAAUCAGGAAAUGGUUAAUUAAUCUAUAAUUUGUUACAUUAUAACCAAAUAAUAAAUGUUUAUGUAUUAUUUUAGAGCAUGAUACAGGCCCACACAUCAAAAUACAAUCUUUUGGAGUGGACAAUUAUUAUUUCUUUAACCCUGCUUUUGUUUAUAAUUUUAUUUAAUUAUUUAUGUGUGUAAUCAAUCAUUUAUUCAUAUCCCCCCUCUUUUUCUUGUGGAGAGAGCACUAAUUGAUGGUUGUUGCUCUUUCUAUGCGUUGCACACUGCACCUGAAUAUCAUGUAUACCAAUACCACAUACAGUUGAACAAUGGAAAAAAAAAAGUAUCUGUCUGAAAAUCUAUACUGUUUUGUUGAUGAAAACUAAAAAAUUAUAAGUUACAAAAUAAGA